AUGCGCUCAAUUCUCGCCGCAAUCACACUUCUGCUCGCCGUCCGAAUCGGCGCCAGUCUCACAUCCGGAGCGCACGCCGGCUUUCACGUACAAUUUCCAUGGAUGACUCGCGGUCCAAACCCAAAGAUCCGACCUGGGUUAGAUCAAUAUAACCCAUUCUGCGGCGAAAUUGUGCACAACCCUCAACGGUACUCCCGCCGCUCCCGCAGUUUCCUCUCGUUUUCUGGCCAUCCCGGCGACCUUGUGACGGCACUUUAUACCCGGCAUAGAGUGCCGAGGAAGAGAAGUGACUUCCCCUACAUUAUUCUACAGAAUGUGCCCAUCCAGCCUUCGGGUCAGCUGUGCGUGAACGUCACAAUACCAUUUCGGACCAAGGCCGACGAGAUCGGGGUCAUGUACUUUGAGGCCAGGGAUCCCGAGACGGGUAACGUGCAACACUAUUGCUCCGACGUCAAGAUGGCUGAUGAAGAGGCCCUUCCGGAGGAGCAUCCAGCUAUGUGUGCGGCUAACAACGAAACACUCAUCCCGAUGCCGGACGAGUACCUGUAG